GCCGCACUGGGCGUGCAAGGGGCAAAUGCAAGCAUGUCUCCUCAUUCUUGAGCGUAGACGAGGCUCAGCAUACACAAAUCGCUAUACUGCUGUGCUCAGAAACAUUCACUUCCAUUACAUGGACUCUGUCACGACUGCUCAAGAAUAAAGCUUGCAUCCUUUACAUUACUGGUGUGAUGCCAAGACUAAGUUGAAAGCUCUGGUGUCUCUAGCCUUCGCCAGCGCUGUAUCUUACAGUGAUAAUGUAUGGGCAAAUGGACGAUGCGAUGGAAAGAUAUUGGUCAUCAAUGCCCCAUACGGUGGCAUUUGACAACACGGCAGAAUGACCUCUCAGGAGAGCAGAUGGCCAGUAGCCAAUGAGAGCUUGGAGAGCUUGCAAACGUUCUUUUCAGGAGAAUUGCACUUGGUCCGAGCCCUCGCAUACGAUCUUUAGAUUGCUAGUGACGAGCUGGCUCCUGAAUGCAUUGCUAACCCCCUACCAAUAUGCCGACUGUAUAAAAAGGUUCUGCCACCCUGGCAAAAGUGACAGCUCAAAAUUUGGAAGCAGUACAAUGAAGAUGGUAGCAGGCACUAGCAGUUCAGUCAUCUUGGCCCUGUUUUUGCUUUGCAGUGGCCAUGCGCUUGGACUCAAGGGGGAUGAGACCGAGGACAAUCAUCUGGUCAGUCGCAGCCUUGAUGCGUCGCAAACGGAGUCUUUCUUCGAUAAACUUCACACACUCUUCAUUUUUGGCGACUCGAUCUCCGAUACUGGGUUUGAUCCGUCUGGUGACGUUCCCUCACCUGUGAACCCUCUUGGGAACCCAGAUUUCCCUGGCAAGACGACUGCAUGGGGCCCAAACUGGGUUGGAUUGUUGACGGGUUACAGCAAAACGUUGGUCGCCUGGAACUUUGCCAAGUACGGCUCCGUGAUCGACAAGGCUCUCCUGAAGUCUUCGCGAUCCGACUUUUCCGAUCAGCUGUUAAAGUUCACGACCUACUGCACCGGGAAAGAAUUCAAAGUCAAGUGGACGAGUGAAGAUGCCCUUUUUUUGACAAUGUUUGGUCAAAAUGACCUGACUGUGCUGAUCGAUCGACACCUCCCGGACAUGAAGUCUGUUGAAGACAUUCAAGAUUUUGAGGAGGCCGCUAUGGAUAUGACACUCCACAUCAUGGACCACUACAUGGAUGCAUGGGCUACUCUCUACGAUUACGGUGCGCGCAAGUUUGUCGCCAUCACGCCCAUAGAGUACGUGGCUGUUCCAGAUACGCGGAAACGUGUCGCUGAUCUGCACGCAACGAUUGACAAGGAAACAGGCAACAAGAAGCAGGGCAAACUCAUUGCAGACAAAUUUCUUGAGGCCUUGAAGCAUAUCGCUUCAGAUUUCAACAGCAAGCUCGCAGCACUUAGCCAUCUCUUCCCGAGCUUGUACCCAGGGUCGACCACUUUCUACUAUGACGCCACUUUGCUGAUGGACCAGGUCAUUACCGGUACACGAAAAUGCGGCUACAAAAACUUGGUCAAUUUCUGUCUUGACUAUCAAGCAUUGAAGUCUACUAAUCCCUGGUAUCUAUACCGCCCUCAUGAAGCGUUGAGAAACUGCAAAAACUUGAGGGUCGACCAGUAUCUGUGGCUUGAUGCUUUGUAUCCGACGUGGCCAUUUCAUGGCAUCUUAGCUGCAGAGAUUCACGCGAUGCUAUCGAACGUUUCCCAGAUGAGCAUCUCAUAGUCUCUGUUUUCCAUCUUUGCUUAUCGCUUAUCACUUUCUCACUUGACAAUUCACUUACCUUUUGAAGUUGAAGUUGACGGGUUCGUUUUAGCUGAUUUCCAGCUGAACACCUGCUCCCUCUGGUCGAGUGAAGAAGCACAAAUUGUUCAAAAAGCUCCUU